UGCGGGCGCAAUCCCGGGCUCUGAGCGGGGCCGCUGUCGGGAUUCCCCAACACGUCACUUCCGCUCUUGCCGCUUUGGGCCCUUUCCCUGCCGUCUCUGCGCUGCUCAGUCGCUGCGGGAGCUGCGGCCCCCCCAGCUCCGCGUCCCGGACCGGGAGACAGGCAGAAACACAAAAAUUGACAAGGAGGAGGAAGAAAUGGCUGUGCUACUCCUGACAAGACCCCGGCAGGAGUCAGUGACAUUCAAGGACGUGGCCGUGGACUUCACCCCAGAGGAGUGGGGCUGCCUGGCCCCUUCUGAGAAGGAGCUCUACCGGGAGGUGAUGCUGGAGAACUACAGGAACCUGGUCUGCCUGGGACUGGCAGUUUCCAAACCAGACGUGAUUGGCCAACUAGAGCAAGGAGAUGCACCUUGGAUGACUGGAGGAGACGAGCCAAGGAGCCUCUGUGCAGAAUUUGGGAUACUGCCUGAAACCAAAGAAUCAACUCUGAAGCUUGGAUCAUCUAAGGAAAAAUUCUGCAGGUACUGGCCCUGGGUUUCCAGGUUGGAAGACACUUCAGAAAACGGUACCAGGUUGGAGAGGCAGCAGAUCGAGAGCACUAAAGAAAGACAUUCUAGAAUUCAAGCUGAAGAGACACCACCAAAAUGUCGCGAAUGUAGAAGGGUUGUCCCUGAGAGCAAACAACUUACUCAACCUCAAACACUUCAUAUUGGAACAAAACCUUGUGAAUAUAAAGGAUGUGGAAAGAUCUCCAAUAAAAGAACAGGAAUUUUUGAACAUCACAAGAUUCAUUCCAGAGAGAAACUUUGUGAAUGUAAGGAAUAUGGACACACCCUCCCCCAGAAUACAAGGUUUCCUCCACAUAAGAAAGUUCAUGCAAGAGAGCAACCUUAUGAAUGUAAUGAACAUGGGAAGCCCUUCCGCAAGCAAACACAAUUUACUAUAAAUCAGAGAAUUCAUACUAGAGAGAAACCCUAUAAAUGCAAUGAAUGUGGAACAGCUUUUAGCCAGAACUCACAACUCAAUCUACAUCACAGAAUUCAUAUUGGCAAGAAAGCAUAUGAGUGUACCAUAUGUGGAAAAACCUUCCAUCAUAGCUCCUACCUUAUGGAACAUCAGAGCAUUCAUACUGGAGAGAAAUCUUAUAAAUGUAAGGUAUGUGGGAAAGCCUUCCAGUAUAGCACAGACCUUAGCGUCCAUCAGAAAAUUCACAGUGGAAAGAAACCUUACGAAUGUAGUGAAUGUGGGAAGAACUUCCAUAAGCGAACACAAUUUACUGUACAUCAGAGAAUUCACACCGGAGAGAAGCCUUAUAAAUGCAGUGAAUGUGGAAAAGCUUUUAGCCAGAGCUCACAACUCAAUCUACAUCAGAGAAUUCAUAGUGGAGAGAAACCAUAUGAAUGCGGUCAGUGUGGGAAGGCCUUCUGCCAAAGCUCACAACUUUCUGUGCAUCAGAGAAUUCACACUGGAGAGAAACCUUACAAAUGUAGUGAAUGUGGGAAGGCCUUUAGGCAGAGUGAACAACUUACACUACAUCAUAGAAUUCAUAGUGGAGAGAAGCCUUAUGAAUGUAAGGAAUGUGGGAAGACCUUCCGAAGUAGUUCACAACUGACUGUGCAUCAGAAGGUUCAUACUGGAGAGAAGCCUUAUGAAUGUAAGGAGUGUGGAAAGGCAUUCCGCUGUAGCUCCUACCUCACGGUGCACCAGAGAAUUCACACUGGAGAGAAACCCUAUAAGUGUAAUGAAUGUGGAAAGGCCUUUCGUCAGAGGGAACAACUUACUCUACAUCACAGAAUUCAUAGUGGUGAGAAACCAUAUGAGUGUAUUGAAUGUGGCAAGGCAUUCCGUUAUAGCUCCUACCUUACAGUACAUCAGAGAAUUCAUACUGGAGAGAAACCAUAUGAAUGCAAGGAAUGUGGGAAGGCCUUCCAUUGUAGCACAGACCUUACUGUACAUCAGAAAAUUCAUACUGGUGAGAAACCUUAUGAAUGUAAUGAAUGUGGAAAAGCCUUCCGCACACAUACACAGUUUACUGUACAUCAGAAAAUUCAUACUGGAGAGAAACCUUAUGAAUGUAAGGACUGUGGGAAGGCCUUUAGACAGAGCAUAGAACUUACUGUACAUCAAAGAACUCAUACAGGGGAGAAACCUUAUGGAUGUAAUGAAUGUGGGAAGGCCUUCUGCCAGAGCAUACAACUUACUCGACAUCAAAAAAUUCAUACGGGAGAGAAACCUUAUGAAUGUACUGAAUGUGGAAAGACCUUCUGCCAAAGAACAGGACUUACUGAACAUCAGAAAAUUCACACUGGAGAAAAACCUUAUGAAUGUGAUGAAUGCAAGAAGGCCUUUCGAAAUAGUAUACAACUUACUCAGCAUCUGAGAAUUCAUACUGGAGAGAAACCCUAUGAAUGUAAUGAAUGUGGGAAGGCCUUCUGCCAAAGCUCACAACUUUCUGUGCAUCAGAGAAUUCAUAAUGGAGAAAAACCUUACAAAUGUAACGAAUGUGGGAAGGCCUUCCGUCAUAGUGCACACCUUACUCUACAUCAGAGAAUUCAUAGUGGAGAAAAACCUUACAGUUGUCCUGAAUGUGGGAAGGCCUUCCGAAGUAGUUCACAUCUUACUCUGCAUCAGAAGAUUCAUACUGGAGAGAAACCUUAUGAAUGUAAGGAAUGUGGGAAGGCCUUCCGGUGUAGCUCUUAUCUUACUGUACAUCAGAGAAUUCAUACCGGAGAGAAACCUUAUCAAUGCAGUGAAUGUGGGAAGGCCUUCUGCCAGAGCACACAACUUACUCGACAUCAGAGAAUCCAUAUCUGAAGUCUUUUGAAUAGUAAAUCCUUAUGGAAGUAAUGAAUGUAGGAAGAAUUUCUGCCAAUUUCAGGAGCUCAGCCUACUAUUUAAAAAGUUAAGCUUACAGAUCCUUACAGAUCAUAAUAUUUAGAAUAAUACUUGGCAGUUGGGUCAAGUUUUAAAUUUUGCAAAGCCCUUUACAUAUAUAACAGCCUCUGAGGCUAUUUCCCCAUUUCCCAUAAGCAUUGUCCAACCAGGUCCCCCAGAAGGUGGCUGACUCCUUUCAGGAUGAUAGAGGUAACCUUGGAGGGCUUCAGUUUCUAAUACUAUUGAUCAUUGAUGGGAUUAUCAGACUUGAUUACAUUUAAGAAAGGGUAUUUACUUAGCAGGUAGGGCAAAAGCAGUUGUUCAGAAAUAAUCCCCCAAAACUCAAGAUAUUCUCUACCCUUGAUCUCAUGAGGUGCCUGGGGAGAAUGAACUCCAAUGUGGAGUAAAGUAGAAGUGAGAGAUACAUGUAGGUAUCACAUGUGUCAGAUGGUAUGCUCCUAUGCAGCCCUCGUAAAUUUCCCUUUAGGUGUAGGUUUCUGCCGGGCCCCGCAGAUCGGUGCCUUUUCUGUCUUUCCUCUCUGUGUGGCGAGGUGGUCCUCAGUGUGUCAGCCACUGUCACUCCUACCUCUGGUCCACACUCUGCUCUUCUGAACUUCAGAGUUCACGAAGUUAUAACCUAACCAAUUUCAUCUCUGGAUACCUUUUCUUGGGAGACCUGUUUGCCCUUGGCAUGUUGCUUUUUACUCUAAGUUGGAUGUGUUGGCUACUAUUAGUAAAUUCUCUCUGGUAACAUAUAAUAGGGAGAAAGGGAAUGUCCCCUCUCCCCAAGAGUGAUUCCCUUUCAGGGACCUGGCAUCUGUAGCUCCCAAAUUUGCCACUUGACUAAUUGGCUGUGAAAUAGCCUGCUGAUUUGAUAUGUUGCUCAACAGAAAAAUCUGAUUUUCAACCAAGAUAUUUUCUGUGAGGUAUCGUCUUUAUCCAGUGUCCCAAAGUCAUGAUUUUGUUUUUCAAAUUAAGGAUUUAUUCCUAUGUAGUUUGCUUUUGAUUGAUUCAGUUAGGAUAUUUGGGUCAUCUAAUAAAUUGGGGUGGGCCCCUGCCCUUACAUAUAUGCACUAUGGCAUUUUAGCCUUAUCAGAACCUAUAGGUGCUAUGAUAUUUAAUACAGAGAUGAGGACACUGAAGCACAGAGUGGCACGUGAUUUGCCCAUGGUCAUACAGCUGCUCGGUGCUAGAAUCAGGUCUUCUUCAGUACAUAUCUCCACUCCAAGUUCAGAAGUUUUCCAAGUAGAUCGCCUCGCUCCUCCCUAUCUAGUUUCCCACAGUGGUAGCUUUAUGUCUUUUCCUUUCCCUUGAGCUCCUCAGGGCUCUUCCCUCUCUAAGUCCCUAAAUUUAUAGCUGAUCAUUGAAGAUUUUUAAUUGAGAAGGUGACUGGGAACUUCUUUAGCUACACAGAAAUGCUCAGACUCACCCCAGAACAAAUGAUGGUUGAGAGAUGAAGGGCCCUGGCAUUUAGGGGUCAAGCCUGAUUCAGAUUGGGCUGGUCACACAAGUUCAAAAUUGGAAAGAAAGGAAAUGCUUGAACAUCAUUUUACAAUUAAUAAAUGGGAAGUUGCUCAGCAAUAAUGUGGAAAAGGUUCCUGACACAGAUGUAAUGG